AUGAGCCCUGCGACGACCACAACUACCAAGAAACAACCUAACUCGGCCUUUCUUCAAAAUCAACCUCUCAAUCCACCACCUCCUUCCACCAGUACAUCACUCUCUACACAAAAUUCAGCUCUGUACUCCCAACCUUCAUCGGCACUGAUAGAUCCAGCAUAUCGACCCACGACGCCAACGAACCAGGGUGCAGACACGACCACCAAGAAUUUAUUCGGAUUAAAUUCAAAGUUCAAUGGAACAAUUCAUCACCAACAAGGAGGAUUGCUCUCUGGUAUCGUAAAUCAUAAUACAAGUCAUUUGAACCACCAAACCACCAUGUCUCAAUCCUCUCCAUCGCUUCAUUCCACAGGUAUCCAUCAUGGCAUCAAUCACAUCAUGGCACCACCGACACCUCAACACUCUGCAACUACAUCCACAAUCCAAAACAACAACAACAACAAUAUGGAGUCAUCUUCCACGACACCAAUAGCAAUCCCUGCUUCAUCGGUAACAUCAUCUAGCAAUCUUGGCCAAGCAGACAUGUCUGACGACGAGGAAGAGACCCAAGGAACGACCAUUUCGGAGAGUACAGACGAGUCAGAAGAUGAAACAACGGGAACAAAAAAAGACAAAUCCAAGGUAAAAUGGUCAGCAGAAGAAGACAAAACUUUAAAGGCUGCAGUCCUUCUUCACAGAGGAAAGAACUGGAAGAAGAUUGCUGAACAUUUUCCAGAUAGAACAGACGUUCAAUGUCUGCACAGGUGGCAAAAAGUGUUGAAUCCUGAUGUGGUGAAAGGACCUUGGACAGCCGAAGAAGAUAACCAAGUUAUUGAGCUUGUCAAAAAAUAUGGUGCCAAAAAAUGGUCCCUCAUUGCUCAACACUUACCAGGACGAAUUGGAAAACAAUGUCGUGAACGAUGGCACAAUCAUUUAAAUCCAGAUAUCAAUAAGGGCCCUUGGACCGAGGAAGAGGACAGAAUCAUUGCUGAAGCUCAUGAAAAGCUGGGAAAUAAGUGGGCUCAAAUUGCCAAGCUGCUCCCUGGACGAACUGACAAUGCCAUCAAAAAUCACUGGAACUCGACAAUGAGAAGGAAACUAGAACGAGAACGUAGAGAGCAACAAGGUCUUCCUCCAACCAAGCCACGAGGCAGAUCAUCAAAGAAAAAAAAGGAAGAAUCCAACUUGGACGCCAUCUCUGAAGCCAGUACCAUGAGUACCAACUCUCUUGCAUCAAGCCAAACAAACAGCACCACCGCUUCUGCAUCUUCCACUCCUCUUCUUGCCGCCUCAGGUAGCGAACAAGUCAAACCAAAGCGAAAGUACACGAGAAGAAAGUCAAAGAAGAUUGAGCAAAACCCAAGUGAAUUGCCUCCAAAAUCUCAGCCACCAACUCAAAUCACGACCAUCAUGAUGUCAGGUAGUGUUCCUUCCUCAAACGAUGUCAACAUGAGUGCAUUGACUGAGAUGAAUCCUAAUGACAGUUCUGCUCUCACAACCUACCAAGCAGACGCACAAGAUUCUGGAGAGACUGCCAACUAUGCAGAAUCACUUUUUGUAGAGUUACCAGGAGGUACUGAUCUCAACUCGUCUAUUCUUGUACCACCACCAUCCUAUAAUCCAGAACUAAGCUCAGACGUUUAUCCAAACACAUUGCAAUACGAUUUGGGAUUUGGUUCCUCGCCUAGCAAGCACGACUCGUCCAUGCUUAAUAGCUCUUUCAACUUUGAGGAUGUGUUUGCCAGCCCAAAGCAUGACAGAAAUGCCAGUUUCAUUAGCCCCAUCAAAAACACACCCUCAAAAAAUAUUUUCUUUUCACCUCCUAGGGACAGCUUGUCACCAGCUCGCUCAUUUUAUUCUCCAUCCAUAUUGAGAAAGAGAAAACGAGAUUCAGAGACCUUACAAGAAAGGAUUGCACUCAACUCAAACACUCCUAUUAAGAAAAAGUCUCCAAUGAAUGAUCGCACAUUGACGAGCCCAAACUUCUUGUUCAGCCCUUCUACUCCUCAACAACAAGAGAAAGCCAGAGACAAUCAAUCUUCAUCGAGAAAGGUGGUUUCUCAGAAACGAUUGGAUUUCAAUGAUCAAGAACUCAUUCAGACCACACCUCAAAGUACACGAGCCUCAACAUCCACUAGCAAUACUCCUGCAGCAACAGCAACACUUUUUAGAGGAGGUAUUUCAAACUUUUCGCACAUCAAUAGUAAGAUUAAUUCUGUCGACAAGAAUUUAGAUUCAUUCAGAUCACCUUCAGAAAAAGUUCCUUUCACUCCUGAAAGAGAUUCAUCAUCGUUGAGCUUUUCUCCAUUUAGCACCAGAACACCUUCAUAUAUCAACGCUUCACCUAUCUCUCCUAGAAUUCCUUCGCCAUCCAGCUUGACAAAACGAAAUGCGUAUUCACAAGCAGAAAUGCUCUUUUCAGCCCUUACAAGAAACAAUAAGGAGUGA